UUUUUUUUUUUUUUCUUUUUUAAUUCCGCUUUCUAUAGUAGUUUCUCUCCUUUUUGCACAUAUAAAACUCGGUACUUUUUCUUUUUUGUUAAUUACAUUUUUCCUUUAUCUUUUUUUUUUCUUCUUCUUCUCCUUUCGAUCUAUUUAUCUUACCUUCAUUUAUAAAAUAUGACUUGGAAAAUUACUCUUGCAUCGAUUGCUGUUCUAGCAGGUGUAAAUGCAGUUACUACUAAUUAUACCAGUAAUACUGAUCCCACAAAUAUCACUCUUCCUGAUAUUCCUCAAGUUACUUCUCAUGAUCCAGCUCAACAAUGUGUUUACUACAACUCUCCUUACACCAUUUCUCCUUCUGAAUGGCCUACUGUAUGGGAUAUUGCUACUUCCAACGGUAUAAAUAAAUCACCCGAGUUCCAAGCCUUAUAUAACUCCAUUGAUUGGACUAAAGUACCCAACAUUCCUGUCAGAAAACUCACUGCUGCUGGUGGCCUUGAUAUGACAGGUUAUGAUGCUGUUAAUGAUCCUGACUGUUGGUGGUCCAGUUCUCAAUGUAAGACACCCAAGACAGCAGGUAUCAAUGCUGAUCUCUAUGCUUGCCCCGAGCCUGAUGUUUGGGGUUUAACAUUUGAUGAUGGACCCAACUGUUCUCAUAAUGCCUUUUAUGACUUUUUACAAGAAAAUAAACAAAAGGCUACUAUGUUCUAUAUUGGUUCUAACGUUGUUAAUUGGCCAUAUGGUGCUCUUCGUGGUGUCAGAGAUGGUCACCAAAUUGCUGGUCAUACUUGGUCUCAUAAAAUGAUGACUACCUUAACCAAUGAAGAAGUUCUUGCUGAACUUUAUUAUACUCAAAAGGCUAUUAAAUAUGUUACCGGUGUUACUCCCAAGUACUGGCGUCCUGCACUUGGUGAUUUAGAUGAUCGUGUUCGCUGGAUCGCUACACAAUUAGAUUUAACUGCUAUUAUUUGGAACUUGGAUACAUUUGACUGGGCUGCUAAUGUUCAACCUGGUGUUACUACUCAAACUGUUGAUGACUUGUAUACUUCUUUUAUCGAAAUGGGCAAAAACGGUACAUUUGAUCACAGUGGUAAUAUUGUUUUAUCUCAUGAAAUUAACAAUCAAACUAUGGAUUUCUUUAUGAAACAUUACCCCGAAAUCAAGAAGGCCUAUAGUCAUGUUUUAGAUGUUGCUACUUGUAUGAAUAUCACACAUCCUUAUGCCGAAUCUACAAUUACUUUCCCCACUUUUGAACAAGUAACUGGAGGCUCUUCUUCUAAUUCUACUAUUACACCCGGUGCUUCAACAGUUUCUACUAAGGCUAAUUCUGGUAAUACCAUGUAUUCAUUCAACAGUGCUCUCUUCAUUGCUGCCCUCUUUGGCAUUUUAGUUCUUGUUUAAAUUAUUUUCUUAAUUAUAUAUGUAUACAUCAAACAAACCAUAUAUUCCUUAUUAAAUAGAAGUAACAUAUAAUUCUCCUCCGUUUUCCCCCCCCUCCCUUUGAUAUCAUAUUAUACAAAAAUAAUAAAUUUGUGUAUCUGUAUAUAUAUAUAU